GUUUCUUGUUAAGUUUUUAUAAUCAUUUUUAGUUAUUACGUUGUUGUUACGUUUUUUUGUUAUUGUUAUUGUUUUGUUCGUGAUUAAUUGUUAUUGAGUGUGAUUUGGAUACUUUAUGGAGUUUUUUUGUGAUUAACAAUGCCUAAUGCAUACGUGUACAGUGCUCGUGAAUACGGCAACAUGUUAAUGUAUUUAGGAGAAGCUCGUGGGAAUGCUUCUCGAGCUCUAAGACUGUAUCGAGAGAGAUUCCCGAAAGUCUGAUUCUCGUCUUAUUACGGCAGCAUUCCAAAGAGUGUUAGAAAACCGUCCUAUAGCACUCGUGGCGGGAGGGGGACCAGCGGACAGAGGAACGAAUCUUAGGAGUCGUUCGGGAAAAUCCGCGUCUCGGUACUCGAAGCGCUGCUAAGUAAGUUCGGCGGCGCGGGCGGCGGGAUGCAACUGUUUCACACUCGCUAGUACAUAAAGUACUACUACGACGAAACAGAAUGCGUCCGUACAAAAUUCAUAAAGUACAAGCUUUGGCGCCCUGUGAUCGCGAGCGUCGUCGUGUUUAUUGCCGGUGGCUAAUACAGCAGCAGCGGCGGAUACCUAGGUACCUACCUGGUUUCAUUUAGCACGUUAUUUGAACGGACGAGUCCACUUUUACUAGGAAUGCGUUAUGGAAUAGACGGAGUGCUCAUUUGUGGUCAGAGACUGGACAAUGGACAUCAGACUCGCUGGUCCGUCAACGUGUGGGCUGGUAUUUACAAUGACAGAAUACUGGGACCGGUUUUUCUGCCACAGCAAGUUAACGGACCACGUUAUCUCGAAUUUAUUAACGAACAAUUAGUUGACAUGCUAGAUGACUUGUCCCUCGCAGAGUAUCGUUUAACGUGGUUCCAGCGUGAUGGUACGCCCCCCCACGUUGUAAGGUCUGUCCGUGACCGUCUCACCGAGCUGUUAGACGAUCGAUGGAUUGAAAGGUUUAGAUCACAUGCUUGGCCACCCCGCUCCCGCUCACCCGGUUUAACCCCUUUGGACUUUUUUUGUGGGGGUAUGUGAAGGAACGAGUUUUCGAUCGCGAAUGUGAUAGUGCUGAUGAAAUGCGUCGUGUCGUCGUGAUUCAUAGUGACGGUUUUUAACAAACUGCGCGCGGAUUGUGUUCAAGAUCCCAAUUUGAUGGCUCAUCUUCACGACGAGAUUCACCGCCGAGCACAAGUGUGCCUGGACGUGAAUGGAGCGCAAUUUAAGCCCCACCUUAUUCGACCGCGAAGGAUUUAGAGCCAUGCACUUCAUUGGCAUGUGACGCGGGUGCAGUGAGCGGCAUGCGAGGCGAGCGCUCGAAGCGGGCGGCCGGCUCGCUCGCCGCGCUCGCGACGCUCCUAGCACUCAGCUUGCCUCAACUUGGAUAUGCUGAACUUACAUCUAACGACCCAUUAAGACGGGGUCUAUACGGUGACCUGUGCUCCACAAUAGAGGACUGUCACUUUCCGGACGCGAUAUGUGACGACGUUCAGAAGACAUGCCACUGCCACCCUGACGUGCCAAUCAGCAACUACAAGGACAAAUGUGGGAAACCUGCCAGCAUCAACGAAACAUGCAUGUUUAAUGAACAAUGUGAGGACGUGUACUUCAAGACAGAAUGCAGGAACGAACGAUGUGCUUGCAAGUUCGAGAUGGUACCCGAGGUCACGGUAGAUGGCUCUGUCAUCUGCACGUCGGUGAAGCCGGUGGAGGAGUCGACAAGGACUCUGGAUCCAGCUAUGAUCGGAGUCCUGGUCGGCAUGGCGCUCAUGUUUGUAAUCAUCUGUGUGGUACUGCGGCUGUUUAGCAGAGCGAGAUGGCGAGAAAACCGAACGAUCUUCAACACGCCCAACCCUCGACUCAUGAACGUGUCCUUGCUGAGAGACUCCAAGCUAUUGCAUUCACAGGAUCGCCGAGGUUCUCGCGUCAGUGUUCGUCCCCCAUCGAGGCAGGCGAGCCAGCAGGAGCUGAGACCUCAUUCACCAGGUCCAGCACGCCACCAUCAAAGUCAUCAGCUACACCGAAAACCCUCAGGGUCUCGACGCGGAUCAAGAGCUAGUAGUGGACACUCCGCAACGUCCCUACGAUCGGCAACUCUCAGAUCCCCGACAACCCCAGGACCAACAUCAGUCACCGUCGAAAUUCGCGCACCAGAGGUGUAAAACAAAUAAGACGUUAUCAAAACGUUAUGAAUGAUUAAAAUUAUGAUAUACAACACCAGAAUGAUAAAGUUUUGCGAGCUAUGUUAAGGGAUGAUGUAAGUGAUGAUUGUAAAGAUACAUCCGAGAUAGUGUGUCAGAUAAAUGAGAAAAGUACUGUAAAAACCAGUCCAUCGUUUAAAUUGUUUGUGAUAUAUAAUUAUACCGAUGGUUCAACAAAUAUUUAGGCUUAUAUUCAUCCAUUUUAUAGCAAUAAUAAUGCACUAUAUCUGUCGUUAAUUCAGCCACUUGGAAAGUGCCUCAAAUUACAUACAAUUUUGAACUCACAUGAUUAUAAUUUUGGUAAUAAGAUAAAUAAAUUAAUAACACAAAACUUAGUAAGUAAUGUUAAAGUAAUAGAUAAUAACACAUUCACAACCAAUAUAAGAUCACGUUUAAUAGAUGUAGUGCACAGUUCAACAAUUCAUAGAUUUAAAUGAAACUAGGUUUACUUACGUAAGCUUUUUUAGCAAUAAAAAGGAAGCUUUUUGGCAAACAUUAUGUAGUUUGAUAGUUUUAAAUUGUCGAUUAUUAAUAGGUAAGUCAAGUAACGGCUUCUUCUUUUCACUAUCCCAUGUAA